AUGAUUGUGUGUGGGUGUGUGUGUGUGUGUGUGAGUGUGUGUGAGUGUGUGUUUUUUCCUUUAAUUUACAUAGAUGAAGGAAAAUAUAACCAUAGAGCAUCUGAUAAGGAGCGAUUAGUAAGGAAGGUUACAAAUGAUGCUUUGGAGGAGAAGGAAGUAGAAGAAAAGAUGAUCAGGUGUAAAUCUGGUUUUGGGGGCAAUUCAAAUGGCACCAAUGAGCAACAAGUAGGCAUGCGUCCCCAUUUUAAAACAUUUGAAGAUGCAAGAAAAGAAAGGCCGAGCAUCAUUGCGCGCCACAACACCGCACCGGCCCAUGAAUGA